AUGGUUUCUCAAAAGUAUCUUUCCGCGUUGGCGGUUUUGUCUUUGUUUUCGGGGUCUGAGGCUGGUGUUUGUUACCCCAGCGGUUCGACAUCUUCAAUCACGGCCGAGACAGUGUCGUCUACGACUGAAACAGCAUUGUCUACCACCGAGACAGCUUCGUCUUCUUCUACUGACUCGAGCACAAGUGUCACGGCCACUGCCAGCACGAGCAAUGUUCAGAGCUCUUCUUCAGCAACCGAGACGGGUUCUGCAUCAAUUUCUACAACAUUCUCUACCACGUUUUCUACUACUUUCUUGACCACGGCAUCGACGACAGCCUCGACCGAGAGCAUCUCGGUUUCCACGACCACCACCUCCGCCGAGCCCGAGGAGACUGUUUACCUUCGUAACGGAGACUUUGACGAUAGCUACGAUGUGUCGCCCUGGUACUCGGCCCUAGAUGCGGCCACUAUCCUCAUGGGCGUCGUCUCAGACGUGUCCCACGAAGGCGGUCACUCUCUACGCCUCAAGUUCAACAGCCGCCCGCUUUACUUCCUCGCCAACCCCCUGAACCCCAAGGCUCUCGUUGCUGAGAAAGAUUACGAGAUCUCAGUCUGGGCCCGCUUCGACAAGGAAGUCGACGACAACGGCGAGGGCUGCACGCAACUCUUCCUCUGGUGCAUGCACAGCGACUGGGACUUCGCUGAGAAUGGGGGCAAUGGUCAGUUGUUGACAUCGGCUAACUCGGUCAAUGACUUUGCUCAGGUCAAGGCCACUUGCCGUUGGUCUCAGGCGCAGCUGGACAAGAAUCCUCUUUUGAUGCUCAGGUGGUCAUGCUCCAAGACGCUGGCCUGGGUGGACUCUAUCACCAUCGAGAAGGCGGGUCAGUAA